CGCCAUACGCCGGUUGCAACAUUUGACCGCAACACCAACAAUCCAGCGGAUCCCUUGUGUCAUGCAUCCCUGCUAAUCUGUCCGAGGAUAACCUAAUCGAUUGGCACAAGAAUGCUGGCGCCCUCCUCUCCGAUCACCUUCCCGGCCAGUUCGUCGCCCGCGAUCAACAAGCGACCUCGAGAGACUGACGCGCCGAGGCCGCCUAAACCCCGCGUUCUCGGCGGGUUUCUCGCCGAUGAUGACUCUGAUGAUGAUGAGACGCCCGAACAACCGUCGCCUAAGCGGCGGAUGCUGCGGCAAGACAACCACAAUGCCCAGGUAGAGCACGGAAAUCAGGAACGCGCCAGCGAGAGAUUGAACGAGACGCUGCCGGCUGCUCAGGAGGUUAUCUCGACCCCUCCUGAUAGUCAGCUGCACGUGGAAUCCGAGGAAGAAGCAGAACGUUACGAGCGUCUCUUCGGCACUCAUGGUUCGCGUAUACUGUCAUCGUUCACAAGCGGCAAUCCAAGCCCGACUCCGUACCACAUAUCGACAUGUUCCGGCAAGACCGUGCCCAUCCGCGAGCGGAAGGCCACCCCAGCCAUCUCCUACGCGUCCAUGGUAGCAGCGCGCUCAAGAACUAAGGAAGGCCGCGCGCACAAGAGCUACUACGGCAUCGCCAUCCACGAACUGCUCGACAGCGCCAACAAGGAACUCGCCCAAGCACGCAAAGAGUGCGAGGCUGUAUCAGCAGCAGCAGCCCCCAUCACGCCGCCUGCCAACCCCGAUAAACCCAUCCGCUCCGUCGAAGCUCAACCCACCAACGCUAAGAAGCCGAAGCGCACCUUGCUCUGGACCGAGAAAUACCGCGCCCGCAACUUCAUGGACCUCGUCGGCGACGACCUGACCAACCGCCAAGUCCUCCGCUGGCUGAAGCGCUGGGACCCCAUCGUCUUUCCGCACGCCACAAAGGGCAAGAACUCGGCCAGCGGCAGCAGGAGGCACGGUGGGCAACAGGGCCAGGGCCAGCAACCGGAAGAAGAGAAGCCGCACCGCAAGAUCCUGAUGCUGCACGGUCCUCCGGGGCUCGGCAAGACCACCUUGGCCCACGUCUGCGCCCGGCAGGCCGGGUACGAGGUCAUGGAGAUCAAUGCCAGCGACGAGCGCAGCAAAGACAUCGUCAAGGGGCGGAUUCGGACGAGCUUGGGCACCGAGAGCGUCAAGACGGUGGAGAACAAGCGGUCCGAGCCAGGAAAGCAGCAGAAGGUCGCCCGUCCGGUGUGCGUGGUUGUUGACGAGGUGGAUGGAGUGGUUGGCGGGUCUGGCGGUUCCGGUGAGGGCGGGUUCGUGAAGGCGCUGAUUGAUCUGGUCCUGCUGGACCAGAAGAACAGUUCAGGGGGCGCGACCGGUUCCACGAUGGGGCGGAGGAAGAAGAAGGGCGACGAUUUCCGGCAGAUGAGGCCGCUGAUUCUGAUCUGCAAUGAUGUUUACCACCCUUCGCUGCGGCCGCUGCGGCAGUCCGGGCUGGCGGAGGUCAUUCACGUCGGGAAGCCACCGGUGGAGGCAGUCGUCACUCGACUGAAGACGGUCUUUGAGAAGGAAGGCAUCCCUUGCGAGAAGGAUGCGGUGCGGAAGUUGUGCGAAGCGGCUUGGGGCAUGACCAGUGGAAUUGACGCAAAACGGGGCGCCGAAAGCAACGCCGAGGGUGAUCUCCGGGGUGUCAUGGUAGUGGGAGAAUGGGUAGCCGGCCGGCUGCGAGCAACCUCCAAGGACGCCACCCCCUGCCUCACGCGCCAAUGGCUGGACAGACACAUCAUCCAUGACCUGGCCCACGGCGGCGGCGGUGCCAGAGGCCUGGGACGCGGCGGUGUCAAGGAGAUCGUCGCCCGCGUCUUCCAGGAAGGCGCCGGCUUCCCAAAGCAGUCCGCGCCGACGUUCCAACCAGACAAAGUCACCCGGCACGAGCAACCCCAAGCGCAACUCGGCUUCGCUGAACAGCAAACGAAAUACGCCAUGUCCCGUCUUGGCGAAAUGAUCGACACCUCGGGCGAGAUCGACCGCAUUAUGACGGAGAUCUUCCUCGAGUACCCCAACCGCGAGUUCAACGACGACUCCUUCCUCACCAAACCCGACCUCGCCUACGAGUGGCUGCACUUCCACGACACGUGCACCUCCCGUCUCUACUCCAGCCAAGACUGGGAGCUCGCUCCCUACGCCAGUCAGCCCGUGCUCGCCUGCCAUCAUCUCUUCGCCUCGCCGCGCCGGUACCACUCCCAAGCCGCAUACGGCGGCGGCGGCGGAAGAUGGGGUGACGAGACGGCAGCCGACGACGCCAACGCGGCGCCUCUGCCCUUCUCGGGCCCGAGAGCCGACUAUGCCGCGCACGAGGCCGAGAAGGCCAACCGCGCCGCGCUGCAGGCGAUCCACGGCCAGAUGUCGCCCGCGCUGACGCGCGCGUUCCGCAGCCCCGAGGACAUCGCCACCGACUUCCUGCCGUAUCUGGUCCGCAUGGUCUCUCCGGAUGUGAAGCCGGUCGUCGUGGGCGGGAGCAGCGACAAGUUCGGCGGGGCAGUCGCCUCGGUCCGGCGAGAGCGGGAGAAGGCGAUGGUCCGGCGCGCGGCGCAGGUGCUGGCUGAGCUGGGGAUCGCCUUGCACAGGGGGAAGAUCGAGCCCGUAGAGGGGAGUGGUGCGCCGGUGGCGGGGAGGACGCAGUGGGUUUAUCGGAUGGAGCCGGACCUCGACGCCCUGGCAAACUUUGAAACAGCCGGCGCAUAUGUCCUCGCCACGCAGGCUCCUCCCACGCGCUACGCCGUGCGCCAGGUGCUGGACCAGGAACUGCAGAAGACGCUCGCCCAGCGCGAAAACGCGGCCCGGCAAGCCCGACUGAGAUCAUCAUCCUCAUCAUCUGCUGGCCGCGCCAGCCAUGCCCAUCCCUACCACCCGGAGCUUGACGACGCCGACAAGGAGAACUUCGCCACCGCUAGCGCCCCUGACAAUAGCAAGACGCAACGGAGACAGCAGCUGGGUGCCGUCAAGAGGGAUUUCUUCGGCAGGGUCAUUGUCGAGAGACCGCUGGCAGAGACAGACGGGAAUGCUGCUGCUGCUGCUGCUGCUGGAGGAACGGGAGGAAAGAGUAGUAAUAAGAGGGGGAGGGGGAGGACGGGGGAAGAGGGCGGCGAUGCAGGUGGCGAGGGAGCCAAGGUGUGGGUUACGUAUCAUGAGGGGAUCAACAACGCUGUGCGGAAGCCGAUUUCGUUGGAGGAGUUCCUAAGGGGGUUUUGAAGGCAGCACUCUGGUCUGUCACUGCUGUUGGGACGAGUACUAGUAGGUACGAUGAUUUCAAAUGCGAGUCCGGGGUAUGAGUGGAGUACCUUGCCAUGCUUACCUACCUUAGUAGCACAGAUACAGGUAAUGGGCUGUGAGAUCCUCUGGCGGAUGUUGUGCUUCUCUAAAACAGUGCCUGCGACAGAGGAGGGCUAGCAAUGGAGAGGUGUCCUCCUCCCGUCCUCCGAUGACCCACAUCCCCGGCCGGCUCUACCGGGCUUGGCGGCGACACAGACAGUUGAUCCCGGGCAGGCUCACUCUCGGCUCCCCCGGUGAGAUCCGGACAUGAUCCGCCUAGGGAACUUUACGUGAUCUGCUUCGAGAACGCAGAGCACCGCAUCGAUCAGUCCUG